CCCAGCCUGUCUGAGAGCGAGUAGGGAUCCCAGCGUCUUUAAGAGAGUCCCAGGGGAGAGGCGGGCUGAGGCGCAGCACUGGGAACAAAGACCCACGGAAGGGUCCUGCCGAGCGCAGCUCCCCGGGGGCUGGGGCGAGGGCCGCCCACACCCCCUCGGCUCCUCCCUCUCCUCCCUUGCUUCCACCCAGAGGCCCAUCGCGCAGCCAGAGCUGCGCCAACUUCGCCAACGUUUCCCAAGUUGCUGGGGCGCAGGGGUGGGAGCUGGGUGGGGUAAGGAAGAAGAAGAGGAGGAGGAGGAGGGCUCCCCGGGCGCCUUGGACGCGGUUCAGGAAUCUGCCGCCGCUGCCGGCCGCUCGCGGACUCCGGCCGAGCAGGGAGGGAGCCAGGCAGGACCGCUUGCUCGCUGCGCAGGACGGCGCCCGCCUGGCGCCGCUUUCCGCCCGGCGUGCGAACCGGAGGGGCCGCGCCUCCUUUCCGCCCCGCCGCUGUCCCCCCGGGGGCGGCGCGCAGAGCCGGGGCCACUAGGGCACUGGAGUCCCAGAGCUGCUUCUGCCUGGUCCUGCCGGGAGGAGGGCAAAGUUGCGGGCGGAUGCUGCCGGCGCCGGACCCUAGCCUCGGAGAGUCGGAUCCACCCCCGCUGGAGGAGGCUCCGUGGCGGGAGAUCGACCUUUUCAAACGCGGCGCUCCAGGCAGUCACUUCCAACUGAUCGACUUGGCCCAGGAACUGCAACUGACUUGCCCUCCCAGCUGAGAAGCCUGAAACUGGCAACCGUCCUGUCCAGGUGUGUCUAGGCCUGGGGCCUGAUGCAUUAGGAAUAAAGUCCCUUCCUGCUGUUAACAGCAAGGAGCUUGGAGGAAACUGUGGGACUGAGGACUACCCUGGAGGAUCCAAAUUCUGUGUCCCCUGCAUUGAAGACAGCAGGACUGGGGGAAAAAACCAGGCAGCAAAAGAAAUUCCCCUCUCUCCAUCUGUCCCUUGCAUGGACAGUCUCCAGGUGCAGAAAGGUUCGAAGUCUCCUUAGGAAGGUCAGUCAGUGGGAGAAAGCAGGAAGAGGAUCCUGGGCCUAGGUCAAAACCUGGUCACUGGCCCAACCUAAUUGCAAGAGGGGCUGGGGAAGGCAAAGAGCAUGUGGGUACCUGGCAACUGACUUCAACCUUCCCUGCUGUAAUACCCAUGGCAGAUUAUGUUCACACUCAAGGCACACUCCUAUGGACUUGCCCAAGUUUUCCCAAAACCCAAGAAACAUUUUGUAGGAAAGCCCUAAGACUGUUAAAGUUUUGGCUCUUAUUCAUGAAAACAUAUAAAGGACCCGGUGUCCCCCACGAGAAGGACGAGCCAGGUCCUGAGUGGUGCCCCUGAGCUGAGUGCCCACGGCCCCACCCUGCCCCAUGGAGAAAGGACUCUCUUUGCCCCAGGACUGCCGACAUUUUCUGCACAGCCUGAGAAUGAGGAGCAAAUACGCCCUUUUCCUGGCUUUUGUGGUGGUGGUUUUUGUCUUCAUUGAAAAGGAAAAUAAAAUCAUAUCAAGGGUCUCAGACAAGCUGAAGCAGAUCCCCCAAUCCCUGGUAGAUGCCAAUAGCACAGACCCAGCCCUGGUCUUGGCCGAGAACGCAUCCCUCUUGUCCCUGAGUGAGCUGGAUUCGGCCUUCCUGCAGCUGCAGAGCCGCCUGCGAAACCUCAGUCUGCAGCUGGGCAUGGAGCCAGCAGAGGAGGCCGAGGAGGAGCAGAUGCUGGAGGCGGAAGAGGAGUGGGAGCAGCUGGAACCCCGCCCACCCGCCGAGGCCCCGCCCCGGCGCCACGUGCUCCUCAUGGCCACGACUCGCACCGGUUCCUCGUUUGUGGGUGAGUUCUUCAAUCAGCAGGGCAAUAUCUUCUACCUCUUCGAGCCGCUGUGGCACAUCGAGCGCACGGUGACCUUCGAGCAGGGUGGCGCCAACGCUGCGGGCUCGGCCCUGGUCUACCGCGACGUGCUCAAGCAGCUUUUCCUGUGCGACCUGUACAUCCUGGAGCACUUCAUCAUCCCGGCGCCCGAGGACCACCUGACCCAGUUCGUGUUCCGCCGGGGCUCCAGCCGCUCCCUCUGCGAGGACCCCGUCUGCACACCCCUCGUCAAGAAGGUCUUCGAGAAGUAUCCCUGCAAGAACCGCCGCUGUGGCCCUCUCAACAUGACGCUGGCCGCUGAAGCCUGCCGCCGCAAGGAGCAUAUGGCCAUCAAGGCCGUCCGCAUCAGGCAACUGGAGUUCCUCCAGCCGCUGGCCGAGGACCCCCGUCUCGACCUGCGCGUCAUCCAGCUGGUGCGCGACCCCCGCGCUGUGCUGGCCUCCCGCAUGGUGGCCUUCGCGGACAAGUACGAGACCUGGAAGAAGUGGCUGGCCAAGGGACAGGACCAGCUGAGGGAGGAGGAGGUGCUGCGGCUGAAGGGCAACUGUGAGAGCAUCCGCCUAUCCGCCGAGUUGGGCCUGAGGCAGCCGGCUUGGCUGCGGGGCCGCUACAUGCUGGUGCGCUACGAGGACGUGGCCCUCCGGCCGCUGCAGAAGGCCCAGGAGAUGUAUCGCUUUGCAGGCAUCCCCCUAACUCCGCAGGUGGAGGACUGGAUCCAGAAGAACACCCAGGCGGCCCACGAUGGCAUCUACUCCACGCAGAAGAACUCCUCGGAACAGUUUGAGAAGUGGCGCUUCAGCAUGCCCUUCAAGCUGGCGCAGGUGGUGCAGGCCGCCUGCGGCCCGGCCAUGCGCCUCUUCGGCUACAAGCCGGUGCAGGAUGCCGCCUCGCUCUCCAACCGCUCCGUCAGCCUGCUGGAGGAGCGCGGCACCUUCUGGGUCACGUAGGGGGCCCGGGGUGCCAGCACCCCUGCUGUUGAAAGUCCCGCUCUGCCUGCCUCACCCAGGCCCGCGGGGAGUCUGCGGCGCCGCCGCAGGGCGUGGGCUGGAAGACGCAUCGGGCGUAAGCCGCGCCUGCGCUGUAGAAGUAGGCCCCCAGCCAGCUCGCUUCCCCUGCAGCUGUGGGCCCGGGGCUUCCGCUGAGAACAGGACGGUGGCCGGCCCUUUUGAGGGCUGUCAAACCCAGACCUAAGGGACUGUCGUCUCCUGAGCAGACCCAGGCAGGCCCGGGCCUGUUCACAAUUCUUUCUCUCCUCUCCCUGUCUCUCCCUCUUUCUCUCUGUCACACACACACACAGAAACAUACAUGAAACACACAUAGAUGGCCUGUAGACCUAGUGGGCAAGGGUCUACAAAUAUUUACAACCGGAAGGGGUUCCGACACGAGCUAGUCACAGUCAGACCCCCUGCUUUACUCAGUGUGAACCUUUCAGUUUCUGAAUUUCUUCAUAAUCCAGUGUAGCAUUUGAGUGGGUCACUGGGGAGAGGUGAAAUCAGCUCUAUAUAGAGCGACAAAAUAUACAUAUAAAGACACAUACCUACAUUCACACCCCACACACAGAAAAACAGAAAUACAUGCACACAUACAUACAGAAAAAAAGCUUUUCAGAGUUAUUAGAGCACGAGGGAGGGACUUCCCACGUGGCACUAGUGGUAAAGAACCCGCCUGUCCAUGCAAGAGACAUAAGAGAUUUCGGUUGGAUCCCUGGGUCUGGAAGAUCCCCUGGAGGAGGGCAUGACAACCCACUCCAGUGUUCUUGCCUGGAAAAUCCCAUGGACAAAGGGACCUGGCAGGCCAAAGUCCACCGGUUGCAAAGAGUCGGACAGGACAAAUGAAUUAGCUUGCAGCAUGCAGGAGGAUGGGGGAGUGGCAUAUGGUCAUGAACCAUGACCCUAUUCCCCAUGUAAGUCUGAGGCUGGAUGAUGGGUACAGAACUGCAAGUGCAUGGCCUCUGCCCGCCUUAGAUUCUCAUGGCUACUUCCCUCCUGUCCUUGCUGCUAGUAGGCAGCAUGUUUUAAACUGGCUUGUCUGACCCCCGUGUGAUGGCAGCCUGAAGGCCCCGUCCCAGCUGAGUUGACUCCCCAAGAGCAUGUCCGUGUUUGAAAGCUACUUCAGGCCUGAGUGGCAGGAGCAUUUGUGGUCCCUGGAGACAAAAGGCAGCUCAGGAGUCCUGUCAUUUCCAGCCAGGCCUCUGUGGGGCAGGGCCCAAAUGGAAGUAUAGAGAGCUCUUGGGGGAAAAGUCACAUCAGGAUAGCCCCUCCCCUGAGAAGACAGUAGACCGAGGUCAGCCACAUGGUUGGUUGUCAUGGUUGUGUGGUUGGUGUCUGGAAUUCCUCCUUUAGGGCUCUGGGAAGAGUGUUGCUCAACAUGGGAUGAUCUGAGUGUUUUAAGUUAUUUAUGGUUUGGUCUCUUGUGGCUAUAUUUUCAGGUUUGUUUCUGCAGGAGUGCUGCUUGGAAGCAUUGUGGCCUUGAGCGGGGCUGGGAGGAUCAGUGGGGAGCAUUUUAGAUCCUGCUGGAGCCAGAGGAUUAGGAGAAGGAAACUUCCUCCAGAAGGAUCAGAGCCUAGAUGGCCACAUGGCAGCCCACAGUGCCCCACGGGCUUUCCUGUUUGAACUCAUGUGGAACAGAUCUCAGAAAUCACCAGUGUUCUUUGCUGAGUGUCCAAGGCAGCAUAAAUUAGCAGUCCUCACCCCCUCCUCAAGAAGAGGCCAGAUUUGAAAAUCUCUCCCAAGCCCUAACAUUUCCUGGGGGAUCAGGGGCCUAUGACCAAGCACCAAAUGUCCCCAAAGCAGAAGCCUUUCCCCACUCUCACCCCAAACCAGGGAGUAGAACUCAAUACCCCCUGAGAACUUGCAGGAAGAAUCAGAAGUUCACUAAGGGCUGUUUCUGAUUUCCUGGACAACCUCUGUAUCAGAUCUAUCCCAUUAUCAAGCCUGGAGGGCUGAGUUUUGUUUCAAGUAUUAUGGACAGCAGGGAAAUACAAGAUCUGAGUCCAGCUGGGGUUGCUCUAGGGAAGAGAGGGGUGCAUCCUGGUGGAAAGCCAGCCUUUGAAAAGGUGAGGACAGUGGCCAUCUUGCGGGAUCCAUUACAAUCAGUGCCCUGGGUCUCCAUCACCGUGGAUUCAACCGAUCAAGGAAAUCUCUAGGUUUUAUAGUCCAAGCAUAAACUGUGCAGGGAACUGGCUCUAAUUUGGGGUCCAAAGGUACUCUAGCUCUGAAAACUUGAUCCUAGCGCAGAGUGGUGCCAGGAUGGUUCUGGCAGGCCCAGAAGUGCUGGCCGUUCUUCCCCAGCCCCUGCCCUGCUCCCUCCACUAUCCCUUACUUGGGGUGGUGGGGGGCAGACACCUCUGUCCAGCACCCUUCCUGGGUCCUGGGGCUCUCCUAGUGUGGAUAGCAGACUUCUUUCCUUCCUUACUUCUUUCCUUCCUAUGCCUUUGGGGCUAAGGCCUCUACCCCUGAAUCCUGAGGACUGUGUGGAGAAUGGACCUUUGGGACUUCUCAGGACAUUGACAAUUUGUACACUGCAGGUUGACUUAAUUUAUUUAUUUUGUGAAAAAGAAGAGAUGGAAAAAUAUUUUAUUAUUUGCAGGGACUCAAAGCUGAACCCAAAUCAAGAAAGACAACAAUAAUAGAAGCCAUUCACUUCAUGUAUACAAGGACACUCCAAGACAAUUCAAAAUACACCAGAGGACAAAGCUGAGAGCAUGGGAGUCAUGACAGCUGCCGGGUAUUUUUUUAGCUUGGGCUUUUCCCUCUUGUUGAUUUGAAGAUAUGACAGUAAGACCCUUUCUGCAUUACUACCUUUGCCCACGUGUCUGAAAUAAGACACAACUCACCUGAGUGUUGCCUUGGGCUCAGCAACGCUCUGGGAACCCUUGGGGUUUUAGGGAGGACAGGGUGGGGUGAUUACUGACUUUAUACUCCUUGGGACCUGAUUGGAGACCCACAUGAGGUGUUAUCAGCAGGGAGCUGGGUUAGGGAGAGUGGUCCAGCUGAGAGGCAGUGCCUCGUUUUCCAGCAAUGCCAGCCCUGGUUUGUUUUUCUGUUCCCGCUGUGCUCCCCCUUCACACUGGAGCCUUCCCCUCUGCAACACCCACCUGCCUGGAGACAGGGAGUGUUGAGGCCUCACCUCUGCCAGCCACCAGCUCCUCCAGAACAAGAGGCUCAUUCAGCAAUGAGCGUUUACUCAUUUUCUUCUUCUUCAUGAAGACCUCUUUAGCCCAGCCUAUAAAAAUAGCUCAGAACAUUCCAGGCCUUGGUGAGACAGGGCAGUGUCCAGCACCCUCAGGGCGUCACCCCUGCUACCCAUUCCUGGCUUUUCCUCUGGACCUUGUUUAUAAAUCUUGGAGUGGAUGAGGACAUGGGGAAAGGGCUAUGGGAGCAGGAUUUGGGAGGGGGCAGGAUUCCUGAGUCCCAUAGAGAGGGAAGAAGUGCAGAUGUGCAGGGCUCUGUAGCACAGCUCCUAUGGGUUAUCACCAAGUUAUCACUAAGGUGGAGAGACACGAGCAAAUUCUAGCCCUUUGUCUGUUUAUGUGAUGCACUCACUUGAAAAUAAAAACAGAAAAACAAAAUGUUUGUCUGCCAGCACCCUCAGCCCGGGAGCUGUGCCAGAAUCUGGUCUGAUGGGACAGCUGCUGACCAAACCCUUAAGAGCAAAAGUCCCACCGAACCCAUUGCAAUGACAUCUUUCCACCUCUGCUCUCCAGAUGAGCUCCAGGGAAUCCGUGUCCCAGAAGAUGUAUGCUUAGCCAAUCAGCAGACAGGAGGUGUAAGCAUCCAAUGCUCUGGUCCUAACCCUGAAGAUCUCUUCCAGCCCUGGGCCUGUGUUAACUGACUGUGGGGCCUGUCCCUUAAGAGGCCCUGGAUUAUGAAGGACGGGGGCAGAAGACUGGAUGGCUGUGUCCCUGAGGCAGGGAGGGGAUGGGGGGAACAGAUGCCUGCAGAGGAUACGCCUUUAAAUUUGUGCAGACUGAUGAGAUCCAAGAAAAAGCGGGUCUUGUCAGUCUGCUCACAUUUAAAGAAGAGGUAUCCUCUGAGAUCCAAAGUUGAUGGGUUUGCCUGAAAGAGUCCUAGGACAUGGUCCAGUUAGAAAGGGAGGGAGGAGGCCCAAGGUUUCCUGAAUGCAGCCACGUGGUCUUUCAACUACCAUGGUUUCAGGAAGAGUGGAAGCUGCUCUUUACCUCAAAAGGAUGAAGCAGAAUUAGCAACUGCAGAUGUCUUAAGAACUUCAAGAUCCUAGGGUCUUGUGACCUUUGUCAUUCCAUACUGUGCAUGGGGGACUAAUUAGUUAUGCGUUUCCAAGAUUACGUGGUGCCGUCUUCAGGGCCUAGCCCAUAUUGUGGACCAGGUAUUUUAUUUGUAUUUAUUUGUCAAAUAAAAUGACCUAUGUUUCUUGCUUCUUCUAACGUUGGGCUUGAACGGGGCACCCCCUAAAGUCUCCAUUUCAUCUGUACUUUCUAGGCCAAAUCUGCCUGAUUCACCUGCUCCCUCCUGGAUCCUGCAAACUCUUUUUGCCAAGACCUUGGCCUUAUGUCAUAUUUCAUGGCCACGUAGUACAGGAUACCCCCUUCCUGGCCAUAGGUGGCCUGGUAUGUACAUAUGUGUCCACACGUCUGUAUGUGUAGCAUGUAGCUCAGCCUGCUUGGCCCUGUUGCUCCCAGCCCCCUUGCCAUCAAUGUUCUUGCCGUGGCUACAGUCUCCUGAAAAUACAGGGGUUGCCUUCAAAAAGCUGGUGGCUACUGCCAGUCAGGAUCUGCUUUGCAGAACAGAAUGUGAAUUAUUUAAUUAAAAAUGAAAACACGCAACAAGCAGAAUCUGAAA